AUGGAAGCACUGAGGGAGUCUUUUCUGCAUUUGACCUUUCAGAUGUCAACGUACAAGAGGGCCACUCUGAACGAAGAUGACCUGGUAGAUUCCAACGGGGAUGAGAUCUACCCCCCUGCCAUGCAGGUGACACUGCGACAUGGUCCUGGUCCCAGGUGUUGGGCUGAGAAGACAUACACUGAGCGGAGGCUGUUGGUCCUAGUGUGUGCAUUGUCUGUUGCCUUGUUCUUCUCUCUCAUCACUGUUGGGAUCUUCUACAAAGAGACUCACCCGGGUAUGUGUCGGACAGAGACAUGCAUUACUGUGGCCAGUGCUGUGAUUGGAGCCCUGGACCGUUCUGUGGACCCCUGCCACGACUUCUACAGCUUUGCCUGUGGGGGAUGGGUAAGGAACAACCCCCUCCCUGAGGGAAAGUCCCGAUGGGGUCCCUUCAGCAACCUAUGGGAGCGCAACAUGGCCAUCAUGAAGCACCUGCUAGAGAACACCACCAUGAAGGGGCUGAGCAAGGCUGAGGAGAAUGCACAGAUGUAUUACAAGGCAUGUAUGAAUGAGACUAAGAUCGAGGAGUUAGGAGCUCAGCCUCUACAGGAGCUCAUCAAUCAGACAGGAGGAUGGGCCCUAACUGGCUCCUGGGACAAAAACAAUUUCCAGGAGGUUCUACGCACAGUGUCAGCCAACUACCAUUGCUCCCCCUUCUUCACUGUGUUUGUCAGCACAGACUCCAAGUGCUCCAACCACAAUAUUAUCCAGGUGGAUCAAUCUGGGCUGGGGCUCCCCUCUCGGGAUUAUUACCUCAACAAAACUGCCAAUGCAAAGUAUUUGAAUGCGUACCUAGACUUCCUGGUGGAGUUAGGGGUCCUGUUGGGGGGCUCACAGGAGACGUCCAGAUCGCUGAUGCAGGAAAUUGUGGACUUUGAGACCACCCUGGCCAACAUCACCGUACCCCAGGAGGAGAGGAGGGACGAGGAGCUAAUUUACCAUAAGAUCCAGGCAAAGGAUCUGGCGACAUUGGCUCCUGCGGUGGACUGGAUGCCUUACCUCACAGACGUGUUUGCUCCUGUUCUUCUAAAUGACUCAGAGCCUGUGGUGGUGUACGCCAAGGACUACCUCCAGAAGGUCUCUGACCUCAUUGCAAGCACUAACAAGAGUGUCCUGAACAACUACAUGAUCAUGAAGGUGGUGAGGAAGAUGGUGUUCAUCCUGGACAAGAAGUUCCAGGAUGCUGAGCAGCGCUUCUUUGAAGUCAUGUAUGGAACCAAGAAGAGCUGCACCCCACGCUGGAAGCUGUGCGUCAGCGACACAGACAGUGCCCUCGGCUUUGCUCUUGGGGCCCUCUUUGUCAAAGCCACUUUUGCUGAGGACAGCAAGGCCAUUGCAGAAGAUAUGGUCUCUGAGAUCAAAUGGGCAUUUGAGGACAGCCUGAAGUAUGUGGACUGGAUGGAUCAGGAGACCAAAAAGGCAGCCAAAGAGAAGGCUGAAGCCAUUUACAACAUGGUUGGAUAUCCAAAAUUUAUAAUGGACCCCAAGGAGCUUGACAAAGUGUUCAAUGAUUUUGAGGUGGUGUCUGACCUGUAUUUUCAAAAUGUCAUGCAGUACUACAACUUCUCUGCCAGAGUGACUGCGGACCAGCUAAGGAAAACCCCCAACAGAGAUCAGUGGAGCAUGACCCCUCCUACAGUGAAUGCAUACUAUAAUCCUACCAAGAAUGAGAUGGUGCUCCCUGCAGGAAUCCUUCAAGCUCCUUUUUAUAGCCGCUCAUGGCCAAAGGCCCUGAACUUUGGGGGGAUUGGUUUCGUUAUGGGACAUGAGUUGACACAUGCUUUUGAUGACCAAGGGAGGGAGUACGACAAGGAUGGGAACCUCCGCUCCUGGUGGAAGAACUCGUCUGUGGAGGCCUUUAAGAAGCAGACCCAGUGUAUGGUGGAGCAGUACAGUAACUACAGCAUCAACAAGGAAGCCCUCAAUGGAAAACACACCUUGGGAGAGAACAUAGCUGACAAUGGUGGCCUGAAGGCUGCCUACAAAGCUUAUGUGAACUGGAUUGCAAAGAAUGGAGAGGAGGCCACUCUGCCCGCCCUGGGGAUGACUAAUCAUCAGUUAUUUUUUGUUGGAUUCGCCCAGGUAUGGUGCUCAGUUCGAACUCCGGAAAGCUCGCAUGAGGGCAUCAUCACAGAUCCACACAGUCCGUCGAGAUUUCGAGUUAUUGGCACCAUCUCCAAUUCCCAUGAGUUCUCCGAGCACUUUGGCUGCAAGGCAGAUGCCCCCAUGAACCCUAAACACAAGUGUGAGCUUUGGUGAUGCCUAGCUACACAUUGGUAGGUCUGGCAGGUGGCAAAAUGGACACUGGGGACAUGGAGCAAAAAUAGAUGCAGAGGUAAAGUCUCUAAGGAAGGAGAGUACUGGUCUCGAUACCACUGAAAAUCCAGCUGUCUUACCCACUACACUUCUCAGUGUCCUUAUGAGGACUGAAGCUGGAAGUUGAGCCGGACCCAACUCUCUUCAUAAAGAAAAUUUGUUAUAGAAAUCAGCCUCUCUUUCCCCAAUGGAACUCUGAAAAUGGGCCUUCGUGUUCACUUAAUUGAGGGACAAUUUUAACACUGGAAACCAAAGGAAUGGUUAUAAAAAGGUGAAAACUAAUGGGAACUUCUCUCAAUCAGAUUUUAUGAAGUUGUCAUAUGCAUUAUAGUGAUAUUUAUUUGUUGUUUGUAUCAGUUAUAUCAAUCCACCUCUGUGUUGUGUCUUCAGUUAUUGUAUAUUUCUAGACUGCAAAAGAAAAUGACGAGUUGCAACUCCUGGAUUUGGAUUGAGAUAUAAUCCAGAGGAAAUGGUCAAUCACAUCUACAGUAUAAUACAAGUUACUGUCAUAAGUGGAUUGUAAAAGCCAUAUUUUAUUAUUGCACAUGAUUGAUCCGGUCAAUAAGCCCUAUGUGUAGGUCUAGCUUGUUUCUGCAUCAACGAAACCUAACACUGAUUUGGGUUAAUGUCUCCAGUUUAUGCAGUAGUGGUGUUGUAAGGAAGUGACCCUCACAUAAUUGCUAAAUGCCUGAUAUAAGUGACAUUUUUAAACAAAUAUUAAAUCAGAGCAUUCUGAAACUCAAGGAUGUACUGUUUAACCUUUAUUUAACUAGGCAAGUACUGAACAAAAAUAUAAACGCAGCAUGUAAAGUGUUGGUCCCA